AUGACGAUGACGACGACAACCACCACAACCACCACCCCCACCACAACCACAACCACUACCUCCACCACAACCUCCACCACAACAUCAACAACAUCUUCUGGGUCUGGGUCUGGCACCAUUACCUUCACGCCCUUCACCACGACCACGACUACGACCACGACGGCCACAACAACCACCACUUCAACAACAAGCACGUCAUCUGGGUCCGGGUCAGGCACGAUUACGCUGACACCAUUUACGACGACAACCACGACGACGACGACCACCACGACGACGUCACCUAGUUGUUUGGAUGACGCGUUUGAGAACAACGACAGCCUGGAGACGGCGUCGUUGCUCUCUGGCCCCAACGGCACGCUAAGCGCCACCAUCUGCUCACUUGACGCCGACUUUUACAGCAUCUUCCUGUGUGCCAACGGCAACCUAUCUGUGCACCUGUACUUUGACCAUGGGCAGGGCGACCUUGAUUUGCAACUGCGCAACCUGGACGACGAGUGGGUGGCGCUGUCGGAGUCGUCCAACGACAACGAGCACUUUAUGUACAUGGAGCCCAACGGCGUCCCUGCAUUCCACUACAUCCGCGUGUACGGGUUUGAUGAGGCAGAGGCCAGCUACACGAUGCAGUACCACCUCGAGUGCCCCGUUACAACCACAACGACGACAACAACAACAACGACCACGACAACCACAACCACGACGACAACGACCACCACCACGGACAGCAUGGUUCGCUGCUCCCCGAGCAUCCCUGCUCUGCCAUUUGGUGCAACGGCAGAUUGCAAGGGCGUUGAUCACGGUGAUACCUGUGUGGCGGAGUGUGCGAAUGGACUUGUGGAGACGGGCAACCCCGCAUACGAAUGCCGCGAUGGGGAGUGGGUUGGUGGCUGUCGCUUUACGUGCACGAGCUGGAUGCCACAUGAGGACAACAUCUACUUGUAUUCUCGCCGCGUGUGCCAAACGCUCGGCGCCACGCUGGCGACCAUUGAUGACGAGGAUGAGAACGCGUUCAUCUUUGGCCUGAACCCACGCACGGAAUCGCUGCGGUGGAUUGGCCUCCGCCGUGACGAUGUGGACAACAGCACCUUCACCUGGGUUGAUGAGCAGGAGCGCAGCUUCGUCUCGUGGCAGGAGAACCAGCCCAUGGAUGCAGCAAGCAACCGGGAUUGCGUGCAGAUGGGUCACCCGACAGGCACCGUGGCUGGUGGCUGGUCUGUGAGCCGGUGCAGCAUGAAGCGCCACUACGUGUGCAAGGCACCCGUGCCCGAGGUCGGUGACUGCGAUGUUCCACCCGUCACCAUCCCCGAUGAGACCACGACGACAGCGACCACCACCACCACCACAACGGCUGCAACCACGACGCUCGAGCAAGGCACAACUGACUCCAACACCACCGCAAACCCGACAGCCACGACAACCACGACCACGACCACGACGACCACGACAACGCCGCCGCCGUUCUCGAUCGUGCUGCGGGUUGAAGGUGCUGGUGAAUGGGAGCAGCGGCAUUCGUCGCCGUUUGACGGCCAGCGGUUCGCUGCCGUGUAUGAUUCGAGCAGGAGCACGCGGGUGGCGCAGCCGCUCAAGUCGCAGGUGGACUCAUACCACACCUUCCUGCAGAGCUGCGCAGAGCUGGUGUACCAACAGGGCGGCGCUGCCAUGUACGUGCGCGACGUACCUGACCGGUACCUCUGCUAUUCGCUGACAGAGCCUGGCUUCUCCGUUAACACGGGCGAGACGUCCACCAGCUGGGUGUUCCUGCGCGACUGA